AUGUCGGCCAAGUUUCUGACCGUGCCGCCAUUUGAGUGCGCCUGGAGAGAGGAUUUGAAAUUCCGGGAAGCAGGUCGGGGUUGUGUGGCCUUUGAAGCAUUCGCCUGCAAUGAUGUUACACUGGUUUUCCGGGAGAAUGUUGGAAGCCAGGGAUACCAUUAUAAAAGAGAUAGCAGUCCUCACUACACAAUCAUAUUGGGGAGUCACAGGAAUCGCCGACUCAGAAUUGAGGUCAAUGGAAAAGCUGUUGUUGACGUCGCAGGGGUUGGCCUUUGCUGCUCCUCCUCCUUUCAGAGUUAUUGGAUCAGCAUUUACGAUGGCUUGAUUAGCAUAGGCAAUGGGAAAUACCCUUUUCAGGAUGUUGUUUUCCAGUGGUUGGAUUCUUGUCCCAAUUGUAAUGUUCAGUAUAUUGGCCUGAGCAGCUGGGACAAACAUGUUAAGUAUAGAAAUGUUAAUGUUUUGUCCUUAACACACACUCAUAUGCCCCUUUCGAAGCAUGUUGUUUUUGGUGAUUAUCAAGUGGAGGAUGAGCUUGAUGCAGCGGACUGUUACAGUUACAGACACAUGGAUUAUGAUGACAAAUGGGGGCUAAAAACUUUUCUUGAGAGUUGGGACUUGUCUGAUGUGUUAUUCAUAGUUGGUGAAGAGGAGAAGCCCGUUCCUGCUCACAAGGCAAUUUUAGCUGCAUCUGGAAACUUUUCUCUGUGCUCCUCCUCCUUUGUCAUCAACAUUCCCGCAGUACCUUAUCCGCUUUUCCAUGCACUGCUUCACUACAUCUACGUUGGUUGGACCGAGAUUCCACAAGAACAACUUGGUUCUUUGAGGGCUUUAAGUAUACAGUUUGAAGUGAUGCCACUGGUGAAGCAGUGUGAAGAGACUAUGGAACGGUUGAAGCUAGAUAAGAAGUUGUUUGACAUGGGCAAGAAUGUGGAGUUAACAUAUCCAUCUAUCCGACCUCAUUGUUCAACUUUGCCCUCACUUCCUCUCAGCAUUCAGCAACUGAGACAAUUGAAAUUAGCUGGCCAGUUCAGUGAUGUAAGCAUCUACAUUGAGAGUUAUGGGCUCGUGGCACGAGCACAUAAAAUUAUUCUCAGCUUAUGGAGUAUCCCCUUUGCUCGGGUGAGCCAAUUUCACAAUCUUUUGUCAGAUUUAAUGUGA